GCAUUGAACAGUCUCCUCUGCGUCGUAUCACAUUCAAGUGGCUUUCCUCAGGUGUAAGUACACCUGAGACUUGCGCCGCAUUAGGGGAUCCACAACGCCGUCCGUCCCACUUUGCCCCUGCUUCGGCUGCAACUUGAGGAAAGCGGAAGUUGCGUCCUCGUGGCAGAAACGUUAUCAUUCUUCGCGAAGUUGACCGAAAUAUCUAACCAUUCAUCCGAAGGAUUGCUUUUCGGAAGUUGGUGCCCCAACUUUGGCCGUCCCGUUCCCUCGCCGUCGCAGUCUGGAUCCAUGGUGAGCGCUGCUUUGGCGCCUGGUAGUUCCUAUGGCACUCGAUCCGGGCGAAGUCGGCGCCUCUUUUUGUCCGCCAAAAGGUCUUCUGUUCCCCUCAAUUCCUUUUCAGAACCGCGUGACAAUCAAAGUAACCCCCGUUCUUCGCUGGCGUUCUUCGGCGUCUGGAUCCCGGAACGUCGGCUGCAUGCCUAAGGACAAGUCAAGAAGACGAUUACUCGAGCAGCUCCGUUCUCUCUCACUUUUUACCGAUGAACCGUCGCGAACCCGCUUCCGAAAUGGGAGCCAGACGCCAGGAGUCUGCCAGCGGCGCUUCUUCUGCUGACGCCGUUGCCGCUCCUCGAAAUCAUUCCAGAAACGAACGCCCUUCAGAAUGCCUGGCUUUCCGAUUGCGCGCACCUUCCUCGUCUCCCUCAUGUAGUUCUUCCGGCAAGAAGAGACUCUUACCAAGCGCAUGGGUCGCCACGCGUGGUCGACGGCUUCUCACCCGCCCAUUUCUCCAGUUAUGUCUUCUUGUCCUAAUCGUCUCCAUUCUCUCGCAACAGUUCUUUCUUAUCCCCGGCCUCUCUGCCGACUCGCGAAGCAGCGACAGCCCCGCAGAUGGUGCAACUACACCUGUCCACGGUGAUUCCCAACCCACCUCCAAAAAGGAGGCCCGACAAAAAGUCGUCUCGCGGGCCGAUUCUUCUGUUGCGCCGCAGUCGCCGUCCUCGACCAUUGCCUCGCGAAUCGCGGGUCGAAAAGAAACCCUCCAGCGCCUCAUUGAAUUUGAUAUGUUCCGCGACGACGAUGUUGAGGACGUGCGCUCGCUGCUCCUCCGCACAGACGAGUACCCCGUCAAGUACUCCAGUUCGACAAUGCAGUACUUCUUGCGCAGGCCGCUCUUCAAGCAGCUGAGUGUUGUCGCGCGCGAAAAGCAACCUGCUGGGCCCGGACAACGGAGAAAAAUCAUUGGAGUUGCAGGCACUUCCCUCGACGACCAAGGCAUGGCGAACAUCAUGAUGCUCGCCAUCGACAGCAACUACCGAAGAAUGGGACUCGGACGAGAACUCCUUCGCCAAUCACUCGAACUGGCUUCCCUGUUUGCGAGGGGGAGCAAACGGAACCCGAAUCCGCGCUACCAAAUCGAUCGAGCUCGUCUUCAUGUGUGGGUUACCCAGGCUCCGCCGCUGUCCCUCUAUCUGUCGACCGGCUUCACGCCUGUUGAGUACCUCCCGAACUAUUACUCCUCCCAGAAUGUGCAAGCAGGCUACGACCUCCAGCUCUCCCUCCCGUACAGAACUGUCGAGGAGAGGCUUCGCACGGCCGUCGCAAAACAAGAGAAACUGAUCGCGGCGUUGGAAUCGAAGGUGGAACAGCUGUCCUUCGGACCUCCUGGCAGCGGAGCGGCCAAGAUAGCAAAGGCUCUUCCACCUGUCGUAGUCACCCCGAUGAGAGAGGCCUCCAGCGACGAAGAGCAGAAGGUUAUAGCGUUUCUCGUCGCUCAGAAUGACAAGCAGUUGCUCCAGUCCGCGCAGGUGGCCUUUGGUAAUGCGACCCUGCGGAACUUUGCCGCUUUCGCCUCCUCUCCAACUGGAAACGUGGUUGGAGCGCUGUGGCUGAAGAAUCCCGUGAAGGACGGCGUGUUGUCGGGCAUUGAGACAAUUGUCGACGAGGACGCUGAUCCAGACGCAGUUCUGUACCUCUUUGAGUACCUGUUGCUUGAGGCCGGGAAAGCGGAGCACGGCGCGAUCGAGAAGGUGAUCAACCGCAUCCCUGCAGAGGACCUCGCUGCUCUCAUUCACCACUGGGAGUCAGGAUUUCGCUUGACAAAUUUCUUCGAAGUCACGGGGAAGGAAGAGGAACAGUGGGGAGACGCGAGCGGCUUCGAUGGCUUGUUCGAGUGGCGAAAAGACCGCCGUUUCGAACACGAAAUGACUGUUUCGAUUCCCUGGACAAAACCUGAGGAGUUCGCCCUCACGCAACGCGUCAAACUGAACAAGAGCCGCAUCAUCCUGUUGAGUGACGCAGUGAAGGAACUGCAGAAGAAUCCGCCGCAGACGGCAUCAACGGUGGGGGCAGAUCCUUCGGCUUCAGCCUCGAGCGUCAAACGCACGAGUCUGCCACCUGUGGAACUGCCAGCAAAGACAGCGGAAGGGCCUGAGCCGCACAAACUCUUUUCCGAGACACCUGGAGCCGACCCCACAGAGGCAGUGCAUGCAGCGAGUCCUUCGGGGGAGCUCGUUGGAGAGAGUGCUUCGUCUGCGUCGGCGCAAGGAAGCGAGAAGACGGGGGGACCAGGGGAGAGAAGGCCAGAGAGAGAAGCGCUCGAGAGUGGAGAGACAGCUGCAGCUGGAAAGGCCAAGAGGAAAAAUGGAGAGCAAGAGCGGCCGCAGGGGACGGGGCCAUCGGAGAGCCAGGUCGGAGCGAAGCGUCAGGAGGAAGACGGCGAAGGAGAGUUUCCCUUUCUCCAGAAUUGCACAGCGCUCCUACUGGUCGCCACAGGAUUCCUCUUGCUUAUUUUGUGCUGGCGACGGUGCUGGCUAAAAGGGGGUCCGAUCGACAAUCCGGCGUCGCUGCAUGCGGCGGCAGGCUCAGAGGCCACCGCAUGCAGCCGGGCGCGAAGGGCGGAGCCCGGGAGUCCGGGCAGCUUCAGCGGGAUGCGCCCGCAAGCCAAGAAAGAGGGCUACGCUCCAGUAGUUUUACCGCUUGGCAUUCACGAGCAGUUCGAUGAUGAAGCCUGAGGAGGAGACUUUUCAAAGCAAAAAGCGAGAGCGGAAGGCCGCGAGACAGACAGGACGAGAGGGGGGCCGCGGGUGGGGAGGGCGGGUAUGAAGACAAUGUCGGUGCACGGGGAAAGAAAGCGAAAUAGUUAGGAAAAAUGCGGAGACCACGCGUUUAAAAGGACAACUUUGUUUACCAGCGUAAGCGUCGCCAUUGCAGUACCUUGUCUUAUCGAGAGUUUUCGGAGGUCUCCCCCCUACAAGAAUGUACGCCUUGUGGCGAGCUUAUUUUCUGGGCCGCGGCUUUGCACGCAGGCACACGAGGGGUGCACUCAGCACCGGCUCGAGUGACACGCAGGCGGAAUCUUGAGGAACUGACGACCAGAGAAAAUGGAAAGCAAGUGCGUUAAGAGGAGAGGCGACAGAAUUGUGUAUGCGUUUGCGGCGGUGGCUCGCGGCGAAAAAAGAUUCUAGUUGCUUCGUUAGGAACACCUCCAGACCAGUGCCGGGACAGCGAUACGGGACGACCUGAAGAAACGCGGACGAAUCAGAAAAAGUCACAAAACGCUUUAGGUUUAGAUUCAACCAGCCGCGUUUUCUGAAAGAAAAGGAAAGAGCAUGCAGUCGCGGUGCCUCUAGAAAGUGGCUGCAGAGCGCCCCUUGACACAUAGUUUCAUUUAAAGAAACAGGGAGAUACCGGUAUUAGAUCGGUACGGCACGGCACAACCCCUGACGCAUUUUAACGCAAAUACUUUCGUCUAUCUCUGAAUAUCGUCACUCCAACGCGGCAGUUUAUCCUUGAAGAAGACAGAGAGGAAGAGCUGCAAGAGGGCUGUGCCAGAGUUUUACCGGCAGUUGUGCAUGACCCGUUUGAAGGAUACAGAAACGGAAGGUGACGCGGCACGAAGCAUUCUUACCAACUGGGGAAAUAGGGAAGCAGAUGUCUGUGUUGGAUAACAAGCAUAAACACAGGAAGAGUUGUGAUGUCGCGGAAAAUGGAAAAGAUACGCGGCAACGGGGGCAGGGAAAGGCUUCCGAGAAUUUAUUGCGGUUCUUAAUUGAGGGGGCAGAGCAAACGGAACGGCGCAUGGUGAAACACGGAACGACAGAGCGAGGCUUGUCGAAAAGGACAAAAACAGAUUUUGAGGGAAGACUUUCAGUGAAGCGCGAACUCGAAAAAAAGGACGGGAAACGCGCUUCCUGGACUUAGGUGUUUGUGUAUCCGGUGAGGCAGUCUUCCUCUCUGGAACUGUUCGGUGACCAGGUCUGCGAAUCUUCGUUGACUUUGUGAGACGGGAGUUUUCAGGUGUGCGAGUAUGUGCACCUACGUGGAUCUGUGUUCCAGCUGUAGUGAAGUAUUAUUGUUGUUGUUCUUGUCAUGGGCGAAUGAGAAUACAGACAGACUCCUAAGUGACGAAACUGCGGUGUGUUUGCAUGGGAACACACUUCCUAGAGGCAGCAGGAAGAGGAUUUGUCAUUAUCUGCA